AUGCGAAGUAUCGCGCUAUUAGCACUUGUUGCUGCAGUUUUUGGCCAAUAUGCCUCGGCUGGAGGCAUGUCCGGAGGCGGCUACGGAGGCGGUGGCAGUAGCGGAGGCGGCUACGGAGGCGGUGGCGGAGGCGGCUACGGA